AUGAUAUCGAGACUCCAUCGCACAUUACAAGGCUCCGAUAAUGUGUACUGCAUACGUCGUUCAUAUGCGACGCCACUGUUCUUGCACGACGUCGCGACACGGUCCCGGGCGCUCCCAGCCAUUAACAUCGCCUCGCGUUUCAGCUCUUCAUCCAUUUUCCUUCGACUUGCCCUGCAGAAAACUGAUCGCGUUAACAGCGUCACAAAUCCCGUUUCAUAG